GUGUGUGUGUGUGUGUGUGUGUGUGUGUGUGUGUGUGUGUGUGUGUGUGUGUGUGCGCGCGCGCGCGCAUGGUCUCUCCUCCUCGGCUGCCGGAGGAGGAGAGUAGAGCCCCGGUGCUGCUGCUGCUGCUGCUGGAUCCGAGCUGGAGAGGAUCAGCGCUGAGGAGCUGCUCGCCUGCCCGACCGAGGAGCCAUGGCGGGCGGCCGCCGGGGUCUGGUGGCCCCGCAGAACACUUUCCUGGAGAACAUCGUGCGGAGGUCUAACGUUUGGACAUUAUCACAUAGACAGACAGACACUAACUUUGUGCUGGGGAAUGCACAGAUCGUGGACUGGCCCAUCGUCUACAGUAACGAUGGCUUCUGCAAACUCUCCGGAUAUCACCGUGCAGAGGUCAUGCAGAAGAGCAGCACCUGCAGCUUCAUGUACGGAGAGCUCACGGACAAAGACACGACGGAAAAAGUUCGACUGACCUUUGAAAACUAUGAGAUGAACUCGUUUGAAAUCCUGAUGUAUAAAAAGAAUAGAACGCCGGUGUGGUUCUUUGUGAAAAUUGCUCCCAUUCGGAACGAACAGGAAAAGGUGGUGCUCUUCCUUUGCACGUUUAGUGACAUAACAGCAUUCAAACAACCAAUAGAGGACGACUCCUCCAAAGGUUGGGGUAAAUUUGCACGCUUGACCCGAGCUCUGACCAGCAGCAGAGGAGUUCUACAGCAGCUCCAGCCUACCGUUGCCAAAGGAGAGAACGUUCACAAGCACUCGCGGCUGGCUGAGGUUCUCCAGCUGGGUUCCGACAUCCUCCCCCAGUACAAGCAAGAGACUCCCAAGACCCCACCCCACAUCAUCCUUCACUACUGCGCCUUCAAGACCACCUGGGAUUGGGUCAUCCUCAUCCUCACCUUCUACACGGCCAUCAUGGUACCCUACAACGUGUCCUUCAAGACCAAGCAGAACAACGUCACCUGGCUGGUGGUGGACAGCAUCGUGGACGUUAUCUUUCUGGUGGACAUUGUGCUGAAUUUCCACACCACCUUCGUGGGGCCGGCCGGGGAGGUGAUCUCCGACCCGAAGCUCAUCCGAAUGAACUAUCUUAAGACCUGGUUCGUCAUUGACCUGCUGUCCUGUCUGCCCUAUGAUGUCAUCAACGCCUUCGAGAACGUGGAUGAGAACUGGAACCAUCGGGCUGUCACUCAAGGCAUCAGCAGCCUCUUCAGCUCUCUGAAAGUGGUGCGCUUGCUGCGCCUGGGCCGGGUCGCCCGCAAGCUGGACCACUACAUCGAGUACGGCGCGGCCGUGCUGGUGCUGCUGGUGUGCGUCUUCGGCCUGGCCGCUCACUGGCUGGCCUGCAUCUGGUACAGCAUCGGGGAUUACGAGGUCAUCGACGAGGAGCGUAACCUGGUGCGUAAGGACAGCUGGCUGUACCUGCUGGGCGAGACCAUGGGCAUGCCGUACCGCUUCAACAGCAGCGGCUCGGGCCGCUGGGAAGGCGGUCCCAACAAGGACUCGGUCUACAUCACCUCGCUGUACUUCACCAUGACCAGCCUGACGAGUAUUGGCUUUGGCAACAUCGCCCCCACCACUGAUGGAGAGAAGAUCUUCGCCGUGGCCAUGAUGAUGAUCGGAUCUCUCCUCUACGCCACCAUCUUCGGUAACGUGACCACCAUCUUCCAGCAGAUGUACGCCAACACUAACCGCUACCACGAGAUGCUGAACAGCGUGAGAGAUUUCCUCAAACUCUACCAGGUGCCCAAAGGCCUGAGCGAGAGAGUGAUGGAUUACAUCGCCUCCACGUGGUCCAUGUCCAGAGGCAUCGACACCGAGAAGGUGCUGCAGAUUUGUCCUAAAGACAUGCGGGCUGAUAUCUGCGUUCACCUGAACAGGAAGGUGUUUAAGGAGCAUCCUGCGUUCCGAUUGGCCAGUGACGGCUGCCUGCGGGCGCUGGCCAUGGAGUUCCAGACCAUUCACUGCGCUCCAGGGGACCUGAUCUAUCACGCCGGAGAGAGUGUGGACAGCCUCUGCUUUGUGGUCUCGGGGUCACUGGAGGUCAUCCAGGACGACGAGGUGGUUGCUAUUCUAGGUAAGGGCGACGUGUUCGGUGACGUGUUCUGGAAGGAGGUAACCCUGGCGCAGUCGUGUGCGAACGUGAGGGCGCUGACCUACUGCGACCUGCACGUGAUCAAACGCGACGCUCUGCAGAAAGUGCUGGAGUUCUACACGGCCUUCUCCAACCACUUCUCCCGCAACCUGCUGCUCACAUACAACCUCCGCAAGCGCAUUGUCUUCAGGAAGAUCAGUGAUGUUAAGCGUGAGGAAGAGGAGCGACUGAGGAGGAAGAAUGAGGCACCGCUCAACCUUCCUCCAGACCAUCCAGUGCGGCGUCUCUUCCAGCGUUUCCGACAGCAGAAGGAAGCCCGGCUGGCUGUGGAGCGUCCGAACUCUGAGGAUCCGGAUGUAGAGAAGGGUCGUGCCCACAAUGAGCUCGUCAUCGUCCAGGAUGCGGUCACCAUCGCCACCACCAGUGUUGUCACUGUGACAGAAAGCCCAGCCACGCCAAUCCCCUCAAACCCAACUCAUAGUGUGCUUGGCCCUGGCCCCUCCGACCGGGCCAAGCUGCAGGCCCCCAGUGCCCUAGGAGGCGGUGGUAACCGGCCGUCUCGAGGAUGGGGGCGUUUCCGGGAAAGCAUGGCCAAACCGGACGGCUGGGGCAACGUAGCCAAAGCCGAGUCGAUGGAAACACUUCCCGAACGAGGCUGCAAGUCAGCCGAGCCUGGCGGCCUGAAAAAAACAGACUCCUGUGACAGUGGCAUCACCAAGAGUGACCUCAGACUGGACGAGGGUGGAGCACGGACACCUGUAGACCACAGUCCUGUUCUGCCUGAAGGGAGGCCACCACCCACUGUCCCGCCCUCAAUACCGCCCAUCCCAGAACACACACUCCACACGGCGGUACUGGAGCUCCGGACUGAACUCAAGGACGAGCUCUCGGCACUCGGAGACCGCAUGGUCGCACUGGAGACGCAGGUCGCCGAGGUGCUGCGGUUGCUAAGGGGUGGAAAGACUCCAUCAUCCCCAAUCCCCCUCUUUCAGAUCUCGAGACCCACAUCACCAGACUCAGACAAGGAUGAUAUUUUCUCAUAAAAUAGGGGUUCUCGGCUCCAGUCUUGGGACCUUCUUUGUCCAGAACUGUUUAAUCUGCCUAAUCCAGCUCCAGACAGGCUUGAUAACUGACCUGUUCACUCUCAAAGUCCACAAGUUCUGCUGUAGCAUUGCUUUUCUUUUAAUAACCUUAAAAAAAAACCAAUAAUCCAUGUUGAAGGAAAGGUUUGGAGACACUAUUUGGCCGUUAUCUCAAUUGUUAUCUCAUCAAUCAACCAAGAUGUUCUGGUGUCCAAAUUGAGUUCUUUUUAGUUUAGCACUGGAGCUACAAAACUAACGCUACUGACUUGACUGGAUGUGAAGAAGCGUCUACAUGUUCCUCCUCCAAAACAUGGCCAAAGAAUCUAGUAUAAUUCACUUUGAUGUAUAAACAUUCACAGUCCCCACGUACACAGGGUGUGGACUUUUUCUGUUUUCUAUAUUAGCCUUGUAGCUCCUAUUCUAGACUAAACCAUUCUAAACAUUUACAGGAAAUGAUGUAGAUUAUAUUUUUCUUUAAACCAUUUUUAAAAUAUGAGAUAUAUACUGAUGUCAAAAGUAAUGGGGCAGGAUCUAGCUUUGGAGUCCCGUAAAUUUUGCCAUGUACCAUGGAGGCCAAAUAAUGCUGCACUGACCUGUGGGAUAUGCAUGUGGGACCUUCUGCAGUAAAUGUGGAUGUGAUUUCUUAAAUAGUCGCUUGUCUUUUCCCAAAGACAAAUCGAAUCCAGAUGCCGCCGCCCACAAUUACCACAUUACUACCCACCGUCUGUCCACUUAUGGGACAUACUGCAACUCCAAUAAAGUUGUCAUGUUGCCUUGCCUUGAGCACAUUGGCUUUGAGUGUUUAACCUCACUCAUAAGAUAUCACCUCACGGCGU